AGCUGCUUAUUUGAGUUAAAGAAGCAUCUGCUUCAGGUCUGGCCAAAGUGGUAGAGCUUUCCCUGUUUACAAAGCUGUGCACCGCCACAUUCUACAAGGGGUGACCCACAGCCCGUAGGGCUUCUUCAACAUGCUGCUCAAAAGACCAGCACUGCCAACCAGAAAAUGAAUUCCAGGAUUUCUCACUAAGCACAGACAUUUGGUUACCCUGACAAAGUAGGACAUACCAAGUCGGCACACAAGGUACCUGGAACAAGAAAGAUGGAUGCAGAGGCUGAAGACCAAACGCUGCUCACCUGUGUUAAAGGAACCAAGGUGCCAAUGGAAUCCUUUAUCCAGGAGCUAAGUGCUGCAAAUGAUGGCUCCGUGGGGAGAAAGAGGAGAGGAGAGGAGCAGACUCUGGGUGUCCCAGUCAACAAAAGGAAAUCGCUGCUCAUGAAGCCUCGACACUACAGCCCCAAUAUGGACUGCAAAGAAGAGAGUGAGGACAGGACUGAGGCCGAGGAGGACCAUUUCCUCUUGCCAACAGAUGAUCACUCUGUUGCAGAAGAAACCAUGGCAAAACCUAUGGACAACCCGUUUUAUUCAGUUGCACACAAAAACUCCAAUAUAAAAGAAGAUAGAUGCCCUAGUUAUCGAGAACUUGUGGUCAAAUCUUUCAUGCACUUGGGGAAAUUAGAAAGCGGAGCGUCUGUACAGACUGCGAGUGAAACCUUAAAUGACAGUGGUAUCCAGUCUUUGAAAACAGAGGGUGAUGAAGCGGAGGAUUGUCUUCUGUUUCCUUCUGACGAUGGUAAAGACAGAAACAAGGAUUCCCAACUCCGGUUCUCUUUCUCCGAUGAGAGUGAAAGUAACUCAGAAAGCACACAGAAUAGUUGGGAGUGCGCCUCUAAUUUUUCCGGAGAAACCACACCGCACAGAGUGGCCAAGUAUAUUUCAGCGGAUGAUCAAAAAGACCCCGCAGACGUUCCAGAAAUAAAAACUGAAGUUGAACAGUGUCUCCCGUGUAAAAACGUGUGUGACCCCGAAGCAGUAAGCAAAGACCCCCAGAAGACUCAUGUGGAGUCCUUGGAAGGCCAAGGCCAGCCUCCUUUCCCAGAGCACGAAGAUGACCGGGAAUGCCUGUGCGCCACGACCAAAGAGAUUGAGGACCUGGAGAAAGCCAGGGGGAAUUUAAGUUUGCUGGAGCAAGCAAUUGCACUGCAAGCAGAGAGAGGGCGCUCGUGUCACAGCACCUACAAAGACCUGGAUCGUUUUUUCCUGGAGCACCUGGCCGGGGAAAGGAGGCAAACCAAAGCUCUUGACCUGGGUGGAAGACAAAUCUUUAACAGCAAACACUCGCCGAGGCCUGACAAGAGGGAGACAAAGUGCCCCAUCCCGGGAUGUGAUGGCACUGGGCACGUGACCGGGCUCUAUCCACACCAUCGAAGUCUCUCAGGCUGCCCCCACAAAGUGCGGGUCCCCCUGGAGAUUCUUGCCAUGCAUGAAAAUGUGCUCAAGUGUCCCACCCCAGGCUGCACGGGACGAGGCCACGUGAACAGCAACCGCAACACCCACCGCAGCCUUUCUGGUUGUCCAAUUGCUGCAGCUGAAAAAUUGACCAUGUCCCAAGAUAAAAAUCAGCUUGAUUCUCCCAAAAGUGGACAGUGUCCUGACCAGGUUCACAGGGCAAGCUUAGUGAAGCAAAUGGAAUUCAAUUUCCGGUCACAAGCCAUAACCUCUCCCAGAGCCACUGUGUCAAAAGAACAAGAGAAGUUUGCAAAAGUACCAUUUGAUUACGCCAGCUUUGAUGCCCAGGUUUUUGGCAAGCGGCCCCUCCUACAAACGGGACAAGGACAAAAAUCACCAACAUUUCCGGAAUCAAAGCAGUUUUCAAACUCAGUGAAAUUUCCAAGCCGACUACCUACUGCAGGCGCCCACACACAGAGCCCUUGCCGUGCCAGCUCUUACAGCUACGGUCAGUGUAGUGAAGAUAUAGCAGCAGCUGCCGCCAUCCUGAACCUUUCCACCCGCUGCAGGGAAGCUGCUGAGAUCCUCUCCAACAAACCACAAAGUCUGUCUGCCAAGGGAGCCGAGAUAGAAGUGGAUGAAAAUGGCACCUUGGACUUAAGCAUGAAAAAAAAUCGAAUCCUGGACAAAGCUGCAGCCCUAACCUCCUCUAACAAUUCCAUCCCAGUUCCUUCCCCUUCCCCAUUCAAAACAAGCAGCCUUCUGGUCAAUGCAGCCUUCUACCAGGCUCUCUGUGACCCAGGGGGCUGGGAUACUCCUAUCAACUAUAGCAAAGCCCAUGGGAAGACGGAGGAGGAGAAAGAGAAAGAUGCAAUGAGUUCCCAAGAGAAUUUAGAGGAAAAAAAGUUUACUGGAGACACCUCCAUAUCGAGUCCGAAAGCCAAACUCCAUGCAAGAGAUCUUAAGAAGGAACUGAUCACUGUUUCUGGGUGUCCUUUGGCAGACAAGACUCUCAAAUCCCUGAUGGCUGCCAACUCUCAAGAGCUGAAGUGCCCAACCCCAGGCUGUGAUGGAUCCGGUCAUGUGACUGGAAACUAUGCUUCCCACCGAAGCUUGUCUGGCUGCCCUCGUGCCAGGAAAGGUGGUGUCAAGAUGACCCCUACCAAGGAUGACAAAGAAGACUCUGAACUUAAGUGUCCUGUGAUAGGCUGUGACAGCCAAGGUCACAUCUCAGGUAAAUACACCUCCCACCGCACGGCUUCUGGCUGUCCUCUGGCUGCCAAGAGACAGAAGGAGACUCCUCUCAAUGGGGCUUCCCUCUCCUGGAAAUUCAACAAACAAGAACUCCCCCACUGCCCCCUGCCUGGGUGUAAUGGGCUAGGCCACGUCAAUAAUGUUUUUGUCACCCACAGAAGUUUAUCUGGAUGUCCUCUAAAUGCACAAGCCAUCAAAAAGGGCAAAGUUUCGGAAGAACUCAUGACCAUCAAAGUCAAAGCCACCGGGGGUAUAGAGAGUGAUGAGGAAAUUAGGCAUCUGGAUGAGGAAAUAAAGGAACUGAACGAAUCCAACCUUAAAAUUGAGGCAGACAUGAUGAAACUUCAGACCCAGAUCACAUCCAUGGAGAGCAACUUGAAGACCAUAGAGGAGGAGAACAAACUCAUCGAACAGAACAAUGAGAGCUUGUUGAAGGAGCUGGCCGGGUUGAGUCAAGCCCUCAUUUCUAGCCUUGCUGACAUCCAGCUCCCACAGAUGGGGCCUAUCAGUGAGCAGAAUUUUGAAGCAUAUGUAAAUACACUCACAGACAUGUACAGCAAUCUGGAGCGGGACUAUUCCCCAGAAUGCAAAGCUCUUCUGGAAAGUAUCAAACAGGCAGUGAAGGGCAUCCAUGUGUAGGAUGGCAACACUACCAACAGCAGCAAUCACCAACAGUAACCCCACAUGGCACGGUGGAGGCUCCUGUACAACAGCGGCAUGCAGGUUGCUGUACUGCAUAUACAAUUGCAACAUUGCACUAAUUUUUUCCCCAGCUGACAUAAACAGGAACGAAAAACUAUGUUAGCCUAUUUGGGUUAAAAGCAAUGCAGUCAAAUGUUAGAUCUUAUUUAUUUUCAUAUAUUUUAUUUCUCCAUUGCGCUUUUCUUUGUAAAGCAUAUGUAAAAUAAAUGUGACAUUUUUAUAUUUUAUUUAUUUCUAAUCAAAGAGUUAUUUAUCUUUUAACUGCAUUGUGAAUUCAGCCAUAUUUUUACAAGUGUGUUUUAUUAACUUAUUUUCCAAUAGGAUUUAAUAGAAAUGCUAUUCUGAAACCACAUAUCUUGCUGGGUUUAAAGGAGAAGGCACAAAGUGUGGAGAAAACUUUUGUCUAAGGACUGCACUGUGGUCCCUAUGAUAUGUGUAUUCUUUUCUCCCCUGUCACUAGCUUUCCUAUUUAUAAUUUAUACUGUGAAGUGAGAUGUGUGAAAGAGCAAACAAGGGACAGAUGGCGCCCACUACUGGAAGUCACUCACUCACAAAGGCACAGUUCCCUGGAAAACAGCCUGAGAAUUUGUUAGCAAUAAUUAAAUACAGAGAUCAGCAAAGUAUUCAACUUGGCUGUAAGACUUUGUUAAUAUGAAUUAUUUAUUUGAAACCUUUUUAAAAAACAUAAGCUCUUUCAGUGAUGCAGAUAGGUCUGUUUGUUUUGAAGAUAUAUCAGAGAGUUGGCAACUCUUAUUCCAAGAUGAGAAACAAAACUUGAUCUGACCAGCCAAGCUUUCCUGCCAUAUGUUGGUACAAUAUACAAAUGGCAAUGUUGAUGUAGAUUUGUACUUAGCAAAUAAAAAUGCAUCCAAAUGGAAAAUUCUGUAGAUAUCAUAUCCCCUGAAAUAGCAUUUAUCUUACUGGCUUGAAUGAAAAGAAUGGAAAAUACAUUGACGCAUAAACAUGCUCCUGCAAUCUAGGUAAUUACUUUAAUGCUGUCAACAUUGGUUUAUUCCCUCUUAAGCAACAAGACAACUUUCAAUUUAAUAAUAUAUAUAUAUUUCCAUAGAACUCCAAGUGCUACAAAGUAUGUGCAAAUGCACACACACACACACACACACACACAUCCAUUCACAUACACUCAUACACAUAAAAUUGAGCCUGCGAUCUUGAAUUUCUGAAUGGAUCAGAGCUUAGUAGUUGCUAUAGUAAAGGCAAUGUCUAUUUCAGGGAUUGUAAGUAGGUAAGCAUUAUUUCAAAAGUUUUUUUAUAUUUAUUUUUUUUAAUAAAAAGGUAUAGACAACCAGCUAAACUGCCUUUUUGGUAUGCACACACACCUCAUGUGCAGAUGUGCCUCUGUGUAAACGUACACAUGAACUUAGUAUGGACUUAAUUUACUGUGCUAUGACAAAAGUGUUUAUUUUUUAUUAGCCUCAUUGAUAUUUAGAUUGAAUGUGAUGGCAUUCAAAGGCUUGAUAUAUUCCACUGUUAUCACUUUUACCUGCACAAAUGAAAUGUAUCACUCAGCUGUAAUUCCACACUCAUGAAAUGAUAGUCUUUAUUAUGCAUUAAGUGGGGCUCUAUCUUUGCUUUGGGGGUUCAUUUGAACCCUUGACUCUUAGCUUAGUGAAAAUGAGGUGUCUGUUUUAGAUAGGAAUGGUGUUUAUUUAAAAAUCUGUUUUUAAAAAAGAUCUAUCAGAUGUGCUGUCUAUUAUAAAUGGGACACCAAACAAAUUUUCUAUUAAAGUUAUGUAUUUGCAAACAUUUUGCUAUACAGUACUUGAUAGAUGCAGACAAAUGAGUUCACUUAUUAUAAAGGCAAAAGUUUAAUUUGCUAAAUAUUUAACAAGUUUGUUAUAUAUUUAAUUUAAAUGAAAUUGCUUACCAACCUAUGUAUUUAUUGCUACCAUUUUGUUUGACUUCAGGCUAAUUUAUUUGUGUUUGGAUUGUUUGACAGGAUGUUUUGUAAAGUAUGUUCGCAUUUAUUUGCCUCCUUUGUAGUUGAUGUGUUUUGUAAUGUGUGCUGGACUUUUUUAUUUUGCUGUAAUUUUUUCAAUACUGUAAAUUGGGUCUUUUGUAAACAAAAAAAUGAUGUAUGCAUUUUUUAUUUAAAGUAGUUUGUUUGUACACCGUUUCUCCAAACAAUUAAUAUUUCUUACAUCAAAGCAACAGAAUUGUGUUCAGUGCUGUACAUUUGGUGUAUGGUAGGAAAUAAAAUUGAUAAUGAA